AUGGAUUCUUCCUUUUUCCUUACCAUUGUCGCUGCUGCAAUAGGCUUCUUCGUGAUUUUCAGAAAAUACAGAUUCCUUAAAGAAAGCAAAGAAAUCGAUUCUUCUUCUUUGUCUACUCCAUCUGUUCCUCCAUCUUCUUUAUCCGUUUCAUCUUCUUCCUCUCCCAACUCGACACACGAUGUCUUUCCUAGCUUCCGUGGUGAAGAUGUCCGCAUGAACUUUCUCAGUCACAUUCAAAAGGAGUUUCGGAGAAAGGGAAUCACACCAUUCGACGAUAAUGGGAUCAAGAGAGGAGAAUCCAUCGGUCCCGAACUAAUAGGGGCGAUUAGAGGAUCUAAGAUCGCGAUCGUCUUGCUCUCGAGGAACUAUGCUUCUUCAAAGUGGUGUCUUGACGAGUUGGUGGAGAUUAUGAAGUGCAGGAAAGAACUAGGUCAAACUGUGUUGGCCAUUUUCUAUAGAGUGGAUCCAUCUGAUGUAAAGAAACUAGCCGGAGAUUUUGGGAAGGUUUUCAAAAAAACUUGUGCAGGUAAAACUAAGGAGGUCAUCGAGGGAUGGAGACAAGCUUUGGUGACAGUGGCGACAAUCGCUGGUUACGAUUCAAGCAACUGGUUCGUUCUCUUGAUUUCUACUUCUCUUAUAAUAUUGAGAAAUUUUAAGAAAUAUGGAGAAAUAUUCGAAAUACAAAAAUGA